AUGUUUGCGCAGCGCAAGUUCUUUCCAAUCUCAGCAAACGAUCCAUUAUUUGGUUUUUCGUUGGGAGGCGAUGCCGCUUUCGACUGGGAAGAUCUUGCGAAUAACUCAGCCCAGGCCUUAUUGAACAUGUGCCGUAAAAAUGAUCUUCAAAUCGAUCCACCAUAUUUAAAGCGUACAAUGAUUCUUCAGCUUCGUGAAUUCAUGGAAUCUAGAGGUAAGAGAGCUACAUUACAGCUUGCUCCAAGCAGAGAACACGUUGCUAACCUUAGAAUUGAUUACUUAUCAACAAGUACAAAGUCACAAAAGAGACAAGCAUACACUCCAUCCAGAUCAUCAACAAGCUCGGUCACUUCGGAAGAAUAUUCUUCAACAACAUCAUCUGUACCUCUCAACCAGCCAUAUCUCGAAGAAGAUUGUCUUAAAGAGAAAGCUAACCUUGUUGACACAGUUCGUCUUGCAUUCAAGGCUCCUACGAAAUUCAUGAACGAAAUCUUAUCAAUUUCACCAGAGAAGCAAAGAAAUGUCUUCAGAUAUUUAUUUGCAGCGCUUCAUAUUAUUCUAUUUGUAUCAUAUCUAACUUCGAAUAACUUCAAAUUGCAAAAACCACCUAGAACACUUAAUUACCCAUAA